AGAAUUUUCAAGAAAUUAGUGAAAAACAAAAUAAUUUUAUCAAUUGUUUUAAACGACUAAAAAUGUUGGGUUUUGGAAGUUAUGGUAAAGUAUAUGAAGUGGAAGACAACGAAACUAAAGGAUUGUUUGCCAUAAAAGAUAUCAUAUUAGACGAUGAAAAUGAAAAGUCAAUUGUUAUUCAAGAAGUCAAACAAUUAAUGAAACUUCGGUCACAAUAUGUGGUCAACUGUUUGGACGCGUGGUUUGAGUUCAACAAUCUAUUCAUUCAAAUGGAGUUAUGUUCACAAAGUCUUAAACAUAUCAUUGAAGUGAAGGCAAAAACAUUUCAAAGACAAUCCAAUGAACCGAUGGAUUGUAUCGAGUAUUACAUUACAAGUCAUUUAAUGCUAGAGAUGUGUGAAUGCAUUGAAUAUUUGCAUACAAGAGAUCCGCCGGUCAUUCACCGCGACCUCAAACCUGCAAACAUACUCAUCAAUGAUAAGCCAAUUGCCAAUCGGUUUAUAAAAUUAGGUGACUUUGGUUUGUCCACUGAUCACAUCCGUACGGAUACUCAUUCAAUAAGUCAUACACCAAAUGUAGGAACACUUAAAUAUAGAGCGCCAGAGAUUAAUACCGAUCCCAACAACUGUACACAAAAAUAUAAUGAAAAAUGUGAUGUCUAUAGUCUAGGAAUGAUUUUAAUGGAUAUCUUUGAUUUAACUGAUACGACAAUUGAUGGUGCAAGUAUUAACAUUUACAACACUAGUAGUUUUGGAUAUUAUAUGGAAAAUAUGUUUAAUUUGAUCCAACAAAUGAAACAAAUACAAUACACUGCUAGACCCACUGUUUCGUUUGAUAGUAAAAGCCAAAUUGAAUUAAAUAAUCUAAAGACCAGAGAUAAUACCUUUUAUAUAAUUGGUCCGCAAAGUAGUAAUGUCUUAAUUUACGAUCAAUCAGACAUAGAUUGUAUUAAUAAUUGUGUAGUAAAGGCUAAUAUUGUGCCCAAUGUACAAUUAAGACAACAUAAACCACUACAGGAGUACUGUGCCAAUAGUGGUGGCCAUUCCAGUGAUUUGCGAGAAAUCACUGCAUGGAAAGUAAAGCGAGUAUCUUACCCCCAAAAUUCUCAUAAAACAUCUAAAUAA